GUGAACGCUGGUCUCAGCUAUCCUGUUCGGGAUCAUUCGGGAAGCUUCGGAAAAUGGAUGAUUCCAGAAGCUGGUAUUUCUUGUUCACUUUUAGCAUUGAGUAUCGCUGCAACGAUAACUGCGACAAAGGCUGCUUUACAAAUCUGUAAAACAGCCGAAACACGUGAAACGAUUGACAAAUUUGCCAUAGCCACGUACGAUGACAUCCUAAUCGACAUGAUUGCGAGAUACGUUUUUGUCCUGCUGGCAGCCCUCGUUUGGGGCUGCUACGCUCAAGUGUACACGGGUCGUUCCACGAGUAGCGUCGUAGAGGCAGUAGAACCAGCUGCUCCAGCUGCACCGGUGAAAAAUGAAUUUGUUACACAAACCGUAUAUGGUUUUUUGGAUUUUACUACAACCAUAGGUAAUACCAUAAUGGUUUUCAGUCCUCAAAGUGCUCCAGCAGAAGGCUCUCAGGACAAGGAUCAAAAGAGUCCUCCGAUUCAGACGAAGCCCAAGGAAACUCCUAAGAAUAACCUUGAUAUUCAGCCUAGUAAAACUGUCCCACAAGAUAACAAAAAACCACAGACAAAAGGGACAAAGGUCGUGGUUCAUUCUGUGGUCGAGAAAAAUGUUGUUAAACAUUCAGAGGACAAUGUGGUACCCAUAAGAAACGAGAAUGUCAAAACCAGGAUAGAGGUUGUCACGAAGAGUCCUGUAUUGUCGAGCGUCGUGGAGGUUCGUCCAAAAGAUGAGACACCCAUAAAAAAUAAUCUUGCCGAACCCGAAUACGACUUCCUGUCGAAACAGCCAGCGGAAGUCAUCGACGAGACCUACAAGCUAAUAAACCUAAGGCCUUCAUCCAAAGCUCAUGCGAAACCCAGACCGACGACCAAACGCGAUAAAGAAAAUCCAACUGGUUUGGUUACACGAUUGGGAGGAACAAUUGUCAAAGAUGGAUUGACAACCGUGCACGAGACCAAUGUUAUUGGGACCUACAUAAAUGGAAAGUAUGCUCAGGUUCUUCAGAGUAACUCAAGGGUAUUGACGCCAUCGGCUCCCGAAGUGAAAAUAAGGCCCACGAAUUCUCAGAGGAUUUUGAAAACUAUUGGACCUCAGCAUGGAAAGCUAAAACCACAGCUGGAACCAACUCCAGUUGCUCAUCAGGAUGAAUCUUCGUUACCACUUGAAGUAUUGUUUAGUUCACCAUCGGGACCCAAUGUGAAAACUACUAGAAGACAUUCUAAUAAUCAUCAGGCCCGACCUAAGUUCCGUAGUAAGGUUAACGAAGAGGACAACACCGAACCACAUCAGCAACCAAGAUCGAUUGGCAAAAAUCGACCCACAACUGCCAGACCAAGUUACAAGAAUCGAAAUCAACAAACAACAACCACGGAACCUCCCACAACUCGUCGCCGCUCCGGUUUCCGUCCAAGCAACCCACCGGGUCCAACUGCUAAACUAGGUAAGCCUAAACCAGAAACGGUGAAUCCCGCAAGUCUGCUGCCCAAGGUGAAGCAUCCACGACCUUCAGGGAGAUGGUCAUACAAGACUACCCCUAAGCCACGGAUCGAGAUCCGCAAGCAGGUAGAUGACGAGGAAAGGACAUUCUCCCCGGAAGUUAGUACCCAGGAGGUUAUAAUCGAGGAGAAGUCUACACCUGUCAUACAGAGAAAAAUUACUGAGGAAUCUUCAAACGAGGAUGAGCUUGAUCCUAGCGAGAGCGAGGAUGUCGACGCCAGUAUCCGGGAACCACCUCAGCAGAUACUUCCUGUGGAGACGAUAAAUGUUGAAAUUUCAACAGCACCUGAUCUCAAUGAUAUCUACUUUGAAAUAGCUACCAUCAAGUCGCCCUAUACCUUCCAGGUGGGCACGAUGCGAAAUACCCGAUACGUGACAGUAACGUCAACCCAGAAGAAAAGUUUCAAUACAGUCCAUCCCUCCACGCCGAUAUCCCCAUCAGAACCAUUAACAGAGAACAUCCUCGCGAACACUGGAGCUGCCUAUGAAACAACACUGCCGUUAGAUUCCUCGGUGGCUACCUUGCCAGCCAUAUCCUUAGAUCCUGGCCAGGCAACGCCACCCUUAGAAACUCUUGUCGAAACCUUCUCCACAACGCAAACUUUAUUAAAGACAUACUUACUGCCAGUAAUAUCAAAUGGUAAUACUACCAAACUCACCCUGGUGCAAACUUAUAACAUAGCCAGGGUGGUAACAGCCACAAAGACACUGCCACCAAUGGAAAUCUAUCAGUUCAUACCGAGCAAAACACUGAACGAGUUCAAUUCUAAAUUGGAUGAAGCUGGAAGUGAACUUCACUUGGAAUUGGACUUCAGCGACGAUGACCGCGACGAUGAGGACAUACCUAAAAGAGUAGUGGCACCUAGUGAAUUGGAAUCUGACUUAAACCCAUUCAAAUCAGCAUCACAGUCUCGCAAUAAACCAGAACCCCCCACGACACCAUCUCCAGAGCCGCAGCUGUCACCCGAACAGGCUCAACAGUUGGCAUUGCUCAAGUACUUUGGUCAACCUCAGCCCCAAGUGAUCACCACGUCAAGACCAGUUGUUGUUAUGGAAACUGUAUACGAGUCUCACGUGAUACCAAUUGUCAACGGCGGCAAUACAAUGCUUUCUACGUUAUCCAGACCAGUCGGCACAGUGCCUAGAACUUCCUACGAAUAUGGCACGUCCACCAUAGCACCAAUUUUACCACCGGCACCACCAAUUUUCCCACAGCAACAUCCACAGUUUACUGUUACCAGUGCGCCGUUGAUCACACAGACAUUUGCUACCGUGUCUGACUCUAGGGUACUAAAAUUGACCUUUGGCGCUAAGACGGCGUACACCACUUUGUUCUCCACCAGGGUGAUACCUACGGAAUUGACAACCUAUGUCACAUCAACAGUGCCUGUACAACCUACAGUACCUGCAUUCCCUGGAUACUUCCCACCACCAGUUGGUUAUCCACCUUUCCCAUAUGUGGGUUAAGCAAUUGGAAAAUUGUACAAUUGGAAUUUAGAGAAAGAUGAUGUAGCGAGAUACUCAUUUGGGUGGCAAUGACUUUGGCAAAUGGGCAUUGGUUGUUAUCCAAUUGAAAUGCUACAACGGUGUGAGGCUUUUGUGUGGCAGCCAAGAAAUACCUGAAUUAAACAUAUGCAAUACUCGAGGAUUUAUAAUAAUCUAAUGGUGCAAUGAACAGUCGGAUGAGAUCAGCAUUGACAAUUGAUCCAUAAAUGAUUGAAAUUAUAAAAUGGAAAAUUAGAUUUUAUCAGUAUAUUAUAGAAUGAUCCAUAUAAUCGUGCAGACGAAGAGUACUAUUGUGUUCGGCUCCUAUUUGGCGUUUAUUUUAACAGUGACAAAUUUAGAAAUAGGAUUAUGUAAUUUUACAUAGAUAGAUAGCUCUACGACGAGUCCGUGACUCAGGCAAUGAUCGUUGACUAUCAGUCUAUCAUCGAAAGAGAUGAAAAAAGUUGACGUAGAUCGUCCAAAAUAAAUGUAUUGCUUUUAAUUCCGUACUUCGUUAUAACCAGUGAAUUAAGGUUUAGAAAGAAUACCAGUGAAUUAAUAUUUCAAUCCAAGAGUACCCUUAUAAUACUCAUAGAAUUUCUAAAACGUGAAAAAAGUAAUAGCCACAGGUCAGAAACAUUGCUAAAAAAUGUAAAUGACAAAUUGUACCCAAGAUUUGACUAAAAAAUCAAAAAACUCGAUUUUCGUGGGUAGCACGUCUCGUUGCGAUUGAUCGGCCUGCUUUCAUAAGUGUAAAUAAAUUAUUCUGUACCUUAUUGUAAUUCUUUGCAUGUAUAUUUACGAGAAUUUAAAUGUAAAGGAAAAGAAAAAUGAAGAAAAAAAAACAAGGAGACAUAACGAAUUUUUGUAAAUAAAACUAUGAAAAAUA